CUAUAGUAUAACAUUACCUAGGGUCCUGAGUAACCCAGUCUUGUUCCAAAAUGGCGUCUUCCAGCAGAACGCAGGUGAUUUCGUUGUACCGAAUGCUUAUACGAGAGUGCAAGAAAUUCCCUUCAUAUAAUUACCGGACGUAUGCCCUGCGCAGAGUGAAGGAUGGUUUCAGAGAGAACCGGAAUGUGGAUAACCCCAAAAUGCUGGACCAUCUCCUGAGCCAGGCCCGGGAGAACCUGGCGGUCAUUAAGAGACAAGGCAGGACCACUGGUUCAACAGCUGGACCACAGACUCAGCCAACUGCUUCUCAGGAGACCAUGUGACACAGAGACUAAACAAGUUGUUGAAGGACUCUUUUUUACCUCUUUUUUUAACCACUGUCUUUUUGUCAUUAUUUAUAAUUUUUUCUGAAAGCUGCCCUCUCAGACCUUACAUUACAUGACCUCCCUUAGCAGAUGGUCUUACCCAGAACAACUUACAGUAGUGGAGAACAUCAGUGUUGGUCUUAAGACUCAGGAAUACGGAAGUGCAGCAUCACCAAGAAGCUCAGUGAUACUCUCAGAAAGGGGAGUGGGGUGUUUCUGUGCGUGAUGUCCCAGGCUGGGGGAAAGGGGGCAGUAUCCCAGGUUGGGGGGGGUGGGUGGGGGGGGACAGGGAGAAAGGUUCCACGCUGGAGGCAGGGUGGGGGUGUCCCACGCUGGCAGGAGUUGGCGCGGAGCGGACCCCGGAGUGGGUGACAUAUGAGAAACGGGCCCACGCGCCGGUGUGAGUCACCGCUCCCGCUCGCUUCCACAGCGUCUCUGCGUGCUGUUACCAUGUUUAACACCUCCCCCCCGCACCACCACCCCCCAGGGCGGAGACAUGAUGAAGCAGAAUAUAACAGAUAUAAAUACGAAUAUAAUAAAACCCCCACCCCCACAUAAUUAAUGUUUUACCAAUAUGUGAUUUUAUAAGGUCUGCACUGUGGAGCCCACUAGUUCCACCUGCCUUCUCACUUACUGUACUUAGUAUGCAUUUUCUGUAUUAUUAUUAUUAUUACAUGUUUCAUGUGUUUCUGUUUAUUUGUAUAUUGCUUAGCUUACAUGAGCAGAAUGUUCUUAUGUAAGGUGGCUUGUGUGGCUAGCUACAUUUGACACGUAUAUUUAUGUAGCCCAACAGAGAGGAGGGUCCCAACAGGAAUUUGAGCCCACUGCCCUCUAUCUCACUGUCUGCUCCCUGGGAUAUGCUUGCCUUUUCAAGAUCCCAAGUGCGCAUAAUGAGUCUGGUAUGAAAAUUCCCAAUUUGGAGCUGAGUCUCUCUCUUUUCCUUUUUUAGUAAUAAAAUGUCUGGAAACAGA